UUGGUUUGGCGCAGUUUUCACAAGCAAUUGGUACAUUUUCAAAACUCUUCGUACUUAUAUCACAACAGAUCAUCAAAAGUGCACCUUUUUCAAACAUUUCAGCAUAUUUCCAAUUGUGUUAGUACAAUACACAUAAUGACAAAAUAUCCUUUUCACUACACAAAAUAAGUGUUUCAUCUAAAUAAAUGUUUCGUUCACAGUUACUCCCUUUCAUAAUGUUAUCACUAUAAAAUUUUUGAUUUGCAUCUCUUAUCAUUCAGUUUAAUACAUUUGUCUGUCAUUCAAUUCAACUAACCUUAAUGUUUAAUCAAUGAAUCAUUCAUUAUGUCCAUGGAUUUUCAACUUGACUGAUUGUUGUCUGGUCAUUUGUAAGUUACACAUUGCUGCAAGAGCUUUCAAUCUAGAAAUACUAAUUGCUAAUUGUUUUCCCCGAUGAUCACAAUUAGUUACCAUAUAAGUAGAACUGUGUUUGAGACUUUGCACUGUUCAAAUAUGGAGCAGGAUAGACUCGUAGGGAGAGGAAACCUGCUAUAGCAACUUCACUUCUAAAAAAUAGUACCCUAUUGUAUAGAUGAACAACAUGUAAUUGUCAGUUUACAGUAAUGUGAUUGGUAAUACUUCAAUAUUGACAGUAUAUGAUUGUCCUCAGAAUUAACAGGAGACAACCUGGUGGUGGUCGCCCACGUGUUUUGACUGACCAGCAGGAGUUGGCUGUGGUGGAAAUGGUCAGGCGAAGGAAUGACAUAGGGCUGUCUGAAAUCGGACAGGCUAUUGAGAACAGCAAUGACACCUUUGCCAAUGUGCCAUCAAUUAGCCUUCCAACGAUUGCCCGGCUUUUGAAGAAGCACCAGGUUUCCAUGAAACAAAUUUACUUGGUUCCUUUUGAGAGGAACAAUGUCCGGGUGAAACAACUGCGUUCAGAAUAUAUUCAGAGGGUGAUGGAGCUGGACACUGCUGUGAAUCAUCACAAGAAUAUUUUUGUUGAUGAGGCCGGUUUCAAUCUGGCAAAAACUAGACGCAGAGGACGUAACCUUAUUGGACAGAGGGCUACCAUCCAAGUCCCUGGACAACGUGGGGGAAACAUCUCAGUGUGUGCAGCUAAAUCUGAAGAUGGUGUGGUAGGCUGUAGACCAGUUCUAGGGUCAUACAACACUGAACACCUUUUUUUAAAUGAACUGGAGCAGGCCUGUCAGGGAGAAGACAUUGUCUAUGUUGUUGUGUGGGACAAUGUCAGCUUCCACCAUGCACAGCUGGUUCAGGAAUGGUUUCAAACACAUCCUCGCUUCAUGACCCUCUAUCUUCCACCAUAUUCCCCUUUCCUCAACCCAAUUGAGGAAUUCUUCUCUACAUGGAGGUGGAAGGUGUAUGAUUGCCAUCCCCAUGAGCAUGUCUCCCUUCUUCAAGCCACGUGUGAAGCUUGUGGUGAUAUAACUGCUGAGCAAUGUCAAGCCUGGAUUCGUCAUGCCAGGAGAUUUUUCCCACGGUGCCUGAACAACGAAGACAUCCACUGUGAUGUUGAUGAAAAUUUAUGGCCCAAUGUUAAUGAGCGGCUUGAUUAA